AUGGCGCCAGAUAGCCACAGCCCUGAAAAUGACGAAAACGCUCCGCCAAACGAGAUCCCUCUCCAAGAUCUCUCAAAACAAGGAGAUGCCCUCCACCAGCGCGGCAGAAGUCGCGCGGGGAGUCUUUUCUCACGACCGUCAUUAAUCGGGAGGGGUUCGCGGAGAAAUUAUGAAAGUAUCGCGAAAGAGUCCCCGAUUGAUUCGGAUGGGCCGAGCAGGAAUCCGUUCCAACAGUCACAAACGCGUUAUACAGAGCCGGACUCGCCGAUCGACCUGGGGGGCUUUGCGCAAGCAAUGUCAUCUGUUGGCCUCAGCUUCGAUGGGCCACAAUCGAGGACAUCGCGUUCAGGUCCGUCAGCAAGCCACGACUUCAACGAUUCUGCUUCCGAUCUCGACAACGUACCGCUAGGCCCUUACGAUUCCCACGAUGCGCACGGCUUCAACCCCUCAGGGGACAACGAUGAUAGGGUACGGUUGACCGAUCCUCGAUAUCUGCAACCUAUGAGCGGUGCCGACGGCGCAGAAGAGCGACAGAGUAUUGACACUGGUGGUCACUCUGUGAAUUUUGGCGGUUCGAUGCUGGGUGAUGAUCUUCCUCACCUGGAGGAUGGAAUGGGAAGUCGUCGUGGCAGCAGUGCGCGGGAUCGAUCGCGUUCUUUGUCUCCCUCGGGCUCCGGCGGGGCUUUGCAGCGCGCCAGCUCGAUGGUAAAAUCCAUGUCACAGCGAGUGGUCAACUUGAGCAACGAACCGGAAGUCGUGCAACAGUCAAUUGAGAGGGAGGAACUCAACAAAAAUGCACGAUUGGAUGGGCCCCCGGUCUUACCUGCCAUGGAAGACUAUGCAGGUCUUAACGACCCACAGGCCCAAGCAGCUCGGGAGAAACGCUCCUCAAGCCGGUUAUGGAGGGAGCUCAACAACCCUUUCAGAGGCAGGUCACUUGGGAUCUUGGGACCUGAUCACCCUCUCCGACUCUGGCUGUGUGAUAUCUUGGUCCACUCUUUCACAGAGCCGUUCAUUUUAAUCGUUAUUAUCAUCCAAACCAUCUUGUUGACUGUUGAAGACGCACUUCCCAACCACCCAAGAUUAGUGGCAUGGGGUACCAGCAAGCUUGAUUGGGUCUUCCUUGCCAUUUUUGUCAUCUAUACAUUCGAGAUAGGCUCCAAGAUUUUGGUGUCUGGACUUAUUUUCAACCCUGUCGAGUACAGCACACUCAACCGCAACCUCGGCAUCAGGAAAGCAAUCGCAGAGAAGGGCAGGAACCUGAUCACACCGCAUCGGCAGACGACAGUCAAGAAAGAAUCAAUGCUCCAGGCCGAGCCUCAGGAUUCAAUCAUCCGGACGUUUACCGGGAUGAAUGGGUUGAGCCCCGAAGUCUUUGAUGAUCCUUUGCACAAGCGCCGCGUGAGGCUUGCCCACCGCGCAUUUCUUCGACACUCUUUCAACCGGCUUGAUUUUGUGGCCGUGGUCGCCUUUUGGAUUUCUACUUUCCUCUCAAUAUCGGGCGUUGAAAGUGAUCGCCAACUGUACAUUUUUCGCAUGUUAAGCUGUCUGCGUAUUUUGCGUCUCCUUGCAUUAACCAACGGCACCUCGGUGAUUCUUCGAAGUCUUAAACGAGCGGCACCUCUGCUCGUUCAUGUUGCAUUUCUCAUCGGUUUCUUCUGGCUUCUCUUCGCCAUCAUUGGCAUACAGAGUUUCAAAUCCAGUCUCAAGAGAAGUUGUGUCUGGAUUGAUCCCGCAGGUGUGAGCAAUUACACCUUGAAUAAUGCAUGGGAGAACGUGCAAUUCUGCGGCGGAUAUCUCGACAGUGUGACUGGAGAAAAAAGGUCUUGGUUGGACUCACAUGGUGAGAAUACAUCAUACAAUCCCAAGGGGUAUAUUUGUCCUCAAGGCUCUGUAUGCAUGGAAGGCAACAACCCUUACAAUGGAACUAUGAGUUUUGACAACAUCCUGCACUCUUUGGAGUUGGUCUUCGUGAUCAUGAGCUCCAAUACAUUUUCAGACCUGCUUUACUAUACUACCGACAGUGACUACCUCGCAGCGGCUUUGUUCUUCGCCUGUGGAUUCGUCAUUUUGAGUCUGUGGUUGGUGAACUUGUUGGUUGCAGUGAUCACACACUCAUUUCAAGUCAUUCGAGAAGAGAGCAAACGCAGUGCUUUUGCCGUUCAGAAGCUUGAUGCUGUUGAAGAAGACGACACGGAAGUGCACAAAGUCAGUCCUCUCAAGCGAAUCUAUGACCAAACCGAAUGGGGCUGGGUAUGUCUCAUUACCUUUGACCUCGUUGUGCAAGCGCUCAGGAGCUCGUCUAUGUCUGCGAACCGAGCCCGCUUCAUUGAUACUACGGAAACUGUGGUCACCCUAAUCCUCUUGGUCGAGAUUAUCUUGCGAUUUGCGUCGGAUUGGCGUAUGUUUUUCCGAAGGCGCCGCAAUUUGACAGACCUUGCCCUUGCAAUCAUCACCUGCAUUAUCCAACUGCCACCAAUCAGGAAUUCGGGUCGCCCAUAUACAGUCCUCACUCUGUUCCAGAUCCUUCGGGUGUACCGAGUGGUCCUGGCUUUUUCUGUGACAAGAAAGCUGAUUGUGGUGGUGUUCCGCAAUACUGUUGGUUUGCUCAACUUGAUCUUCUUCCUCUUCUUGAUGACCUUCUUAUCUGCCAUCUUCGCAACACAGCUCUUCCGAAGCCAAAUCCCAGAUGAAGAUCCAAGCGGCGCGAGGAUCAUGAUUACAUUUUCGAACAUCUACAACUCAUUCCUGGGAAUGUACCAAAUUCUUUCGAGUGAGAAUUGGACCACGAUACUUUACAACACAACGGCGUAUACAGCGCACUUCAAGACAUCUUGGAUUUCGGCAGCAUUCAUCAUCCUUUGGUUCAUUGUGGCCAAUUUUAUUAUCCUGAACAUGUUCAUUGCUGUGAUCCAGGAAAGCUUCGAUGUUUCAGAAGAUGAGAAACGAAUGCAUCAGGUUAGGGCAUUUCUGGAGCAAAAACAAGUCCAUGGUGUGCCACAAGGCAACCUAGCACUUUCGAAGAUCUUCCGUUUGGGUCGAGACUCAGCCCGGUAUAAAGAUCCACUCGAUCAUGGCCCUGCAGCGUUAGAGAUGUUGCUGAAAGAUGCGGUGGUUCAGGAGUUCCUCGAUGAAGAGGAAGGUAAGCAAGCAGAGCGAGACGCAGAACGUGAUAGACCGAAGGGACCACGCAGAGUGAGCACAUUGCUGGAUACCACAUCUCAAGUAGCCCAACCGGGCUGGAUCUCCCUUCUAUGGACGAAGGCCACCAGUCUUGUCAUGCGGAGGGAACCAAAUCCUUUCUACUCGAAGCUGAAAUUCUCGCGUGCUUACGAGGAGUUGGAUCCAAGGACCAUGGCAAGAGAAGUUGUUACUGCUGCCGAACAAAGGAAGCGAGACCAGCGCGACUACCUUGUAAAACAUCCCAACUAUAACAAGUCGCUGUUUCUCUUCCCUCCAGACCACUUCAUUCGGAGAAUCUGCCAACGAACCGUCGGCCCAGGCCGCGGUCAUCAGCGUGUUGAGGGUGUGGAUCCAUACAAGCCGGUGUGGUAUGCAUUCUCUGCUUUCAUUUAUGCAGCCAUUGUCGCCAUGGUGCUUCUCGCUUGCAUUACAACGCCACUAUACCAGCGUGAGUACUUCCGUACUGAUCGUAAUUGGUUUGUGUACACCGAUUUGGGCUUCGCUGUUGUGUUUACCAUCGAAGCCACAAUCAAAGUGAUUGCCGAUGGCUUCUUCUGGACCCCAAACGCAUUCUUCCGGAGUUCAUGGGGAUUCAUCGAUGGUAUUGUGUUGGUCACGCUGUGGGUCAGUGUCGGCGGCUCCCUCCAAGAGGACUGGAGUGUUUCAAGGGCUAUUGGCGCCUUCAAAGCACUGAGGGCACUGCGACUUUUGAACGUCAGUGACAGCGCCAAGGACACUUUCCAUUCUGUCAUCAUUCUUGGAGGAUGGAAGGUUAUCGCUGCUGCAGCAGUUUCCAUGAGUUUCCUCAUCCCAUUCGCGAUUUACGGAGUCAAUCUGUUCAAUGGCCAGAUGGUCAGUUGCAAUGACGGUGAUUUUGCAGGAGACUUGAUGAACUGCGUCGGUGAAUAUUCGAGCAAGCCGUAUAAUUGGGAUGUUCUUGCCCCAAGGGUGGCUGCGAACUCCUACUAUGACUUCGAUAAUUUCGGCAACUCGCUUUUCAUUCUGUUCCAAAUUGUCUCUCAAGAAGGAUGGACCGACGUACAAGAAAGUGCAAUGGGCAUCAAAGGGAAGAACAUUCAGCCUCAGGAUAUGGUGGCGCCGGAGAACGGGUUAUUCUUCGUCGUGUUCAACUUGCUUGGAGCUGUGUUUGUCUUGACACUGUUUGUGUCUGUGUUUAUGCGCAACUACACAGAACAGACUGGUGUUGCUUUCUUGACAGCCGAGCAACGUUCCUGGUUGGAACUGCGAAAACUUCUCCGACAGAUCUCGCCCUCGAAACGGUCAUUUGAUGACAAGAGCAAGAAGCUGAGGCUGUGGUGCUAUCGGGUUUCAGUUAAAAAGCAUGGCCGGUGGGCGUGGUUUGUGACGUUCAUUCUUGUCGUCCAUCUGCUACUACUGGUGCUGGAAUACUAUCCCGAGCCCGCAUGGUGGGAGAUGGCUCGAGGUUUAAUCUUCUUCGCGUUCAUGUUCGUUUAUGUAGCGAACGUCCUAAUUCGGCUGAUCGGCCUUGGGUGGCAUCGAUUCAGCCGAAGCUCAUGGGAUCUGUUCUCUCUCAUCGCUGUCCCCGGCGCUUUCAUCACCUCGGUUCUUGACAUUUCUUCCCACCAAAACCAUGUUGUGUUGGAGCUCAACAAGCUCUUCCUCGUAUCUGUUGCUUUGCUGCUUAUUCCACGGAACAAUCAGCUUGACCAACUCUUCAAGACCGCCGCCGCCAGUCUGUCAGUCAUUGGAAAUCUUCUAGCCACCUGGUUUGUGUUAUUCUUGGUUUUUGGCAUCGCGAUGAACCAGGCGUUUGGCCUCACCAAGUUUGGUGGGAAUGAGGACCACAACCAGAAUUUCCGCGAUGUGCCCAAAUCAUUGAUUCUGCUGUUCCGAGCCAGUUGCGGAGAGGGAUGGAAUGAAUUUAUGGAGGACUUCGCCACUAUGGCUCCUCCUCUAUGCACAUACAACUCCAAUUUCCUCGACGACGACUGUGGAAGUGCGCCGUGGGCUCGGACCCUCUUCAUUGCAUGGAACCUGAUCAGCAUGUACAUCUUUGUCUCGCUGUUUGUUUCAUUGAUUUUUGAAAGUUUCUCCUAUGUCUACCAGCGAAGCAGCGGGCUGUACGCGAUCAGUCGCGAAGAAAUUCGUCGGUUCAAGCAAGCGUGGGCCACGUACGAUCCAGAUGGGACAGGGUUUAUCUCCAAAGAGCAGUUCCCCCGACUACUCGGUGAGCUUUCCGGUGUCUUUGCAAUGCGAAUCUACGAGGGCGAGUUCACGGUUGGACGCAUUUUGGAAAAGUGCCGCGUUGAGCCUCAAAGGAACUCUGUCAACUCCUUGGCAAGGAACUCAAUGCUCUCGCUAAAUGAGCCAUGGUUACCACCGCGGCGGCCGAAUUCGCAUGUUGUCGCUGGAGUGGACAUCACCGAGCUUUCUCGGAUUCUCUCGACCAUCCCAGUUCGAACUAUUCAAGAACGACGCUCACGGUUGAACACCUUCUACGAAGAAGUCCUUGUGUCCGCAGACCCCAGCCGGGGCAUCUCUUUCCACCAGUGUCUGAUGAUCCUCGCACAUCACAAUGUAAUUAGCGACAGCAAGAGUCUGCGUCUCGAAGAAUUCCUCCGUCGUCGAGCGCGGCUGCAGCGGGUGGAAGAGGCUGUACGUCGAAACACUGUCGUCGGUUUCUUCGAUACCCUGUACUGGUCCCGUCAAUUCCGUCAGCAGAUUGAGCGCAAGAAGAACGGCCGGAUGAGUGUGAUCCCGACAUUCACGGUGCCAGAGAUCUUCGUCGACGACGGCGACGACUUUGAUGACCAUGACGAACCAGGUUCCGGUGCGAUGACACCCGCGACACAGCCAGAACUCCACAGCGACUUGCCCCCUAUGCUAUCACCGGUUUCGCACCACCGACGCGCCGAGUCUAGUCCAACUGGUCGUCGCGGCACCUUGCCUCGCAUCAAUACCAAUCUCAGCGGAGCAGCGUCUGGAUCCAGCACACCCACGAGGGAGUGGUCAAGUAUUAGUCCCUCGAUUACGCCACGACACAUGUAUGGAGAGCGCAGUUCGUUUGACAUUGGUGAAGGGCAAGCAUCACCUUUGGCCAGCGAUACUUCGCGCCAGAAUAAUGCUAUGAAUGUACAGGAGGUCAUGCAUUCGCUGAAUGACUCCGCCUGGGGCGAGAGUAUCCGGCGCAGCUUUACUCAACGACGGUCGGGCGAUCGCACUUCCGAAUAA